AUGCAGACUUGUUUACCCUUAAUUCUCCGUUCACCCGUUGACUCAUUCCUCCGCACCGUUCCCCGCCCCCGCCAACUCCGAUAUUCCUCAACCAACUCAACCAACCAACCCGGCAAUAACAAGCCAACUAUGGCCCAAGAGGAACGCCAGACAGACGCCGGGAGGCGUCCAAAGAAGCUAAUUUCCAUCCCUCUGCAAAAGAUCCGACCAACCCCUCCCCAACCCAUACGAACCUCAAUCGCACCAGGCGACAUUGCACCAACCUCCAACAAGCCCACCCAAGAUGCCCAACCCCAAGCAAUCCCCGCAACAACCACCGACAAAACCGCAACCGAAACUGAAGUCCUCUCGAACGCCGCACGCGCACACCAGUUCGGCACAAACCCACCCCUAACCAUCUCACAAAUCCACGGCACAGAUCCCCUCUACCAAUUCCACAACUGGUUCCGCGACUCGCGGCUCCCAGCCUCCUCCGCCCCAGAAACAUGCACCCUAUCAACAGCCUCCCUGCCCUCGGGCCGCGUCAGCGCACGCGUCGUAUACCUGAAAGAACUCGACGAGCGCGGCUGGGUUGUCUACAGCAACUGGGGUAGUAGGGAAGGCAAAGGCGGACAAGUCUUCGGGCUCGGCGAGAGCGCCGAUACACUGGGCGCCAUGCCAGAACCGGGCUCACAGCCAACCGUGACCUCUGAGGUCGGCUCGGGAAAUAAAUGGGCCGCGCUGACGUUCAGCUGGGCGAGUGUUGAGCGUCAGGUCCGUAUUGAGGGCUUGCUUGAGCCGCUUAGUCGUCAGGAGAGCGAGAUGUAUUGGCGGACCCGCGAGCGCGGCAGUCGGAUUGGGGGAUGGGCGAGUUGGCAGAGUAGGGUUUUGUGGUCUGCGGAGCCGGCCCAGAUGGAGCAGAAUCAGCGAAGGAAGAGUGUGGCGAAGUUGCUAGACUCGGUUGUUCCGGCGGAUAUUGAUCAGACGGACGUUGAUGAUGGGCGUGCGCUACUGGAGUCGAAGGUUAAGGAGAUGGAGGAGAGGUUUGCGGGUGUUGAAGAUAUUCCCCUGCCGCCUUUCUGGGGUGGUGUGAGGCUUGUGCCGGAGUCUGUGGAGUUCUGGCAAGGACGGCGGAGUCGCUUGCAUGAUCGAUUCCGGUAUGUGCGUAUUGAGGGUGAGGGGGCGGGUGCUAAAUGGCGAGUUCAGAGGCUGUCGCCGUACCUGCAAGCCUAUAAAAAGAGCCUGAUAAACUACAGGAUAUACAGUUAUAGAUCAACCGCAGCCAUGUCCACCUCAACGCCUCAGUCAAUCCCUCAGUCUUCCACAUCCCCCUGGAUCGUGCUCGCAAUAACGAGCGGCGCCUUCGCUGCAUUGAACGGUGUUUUCGCGAAAUUGACCACGGACGACCACACAACGGCCUUCGCGCAAUCCCUCGCUCACCUCUUCGGUCUGGAGUCAUCGCCUGUGAUUGAGAUGCUCACUCGAGGUGCCUGCCUCGGCUUAAACGUCCUCUGCAACAUAAUAAUGUGGGCACUCUUCACGCGCGCGCUAACGGCUGGCCCCUCGACGGUCAAAGUCUCCAUCACGAAUACGGCGUCGAAUUUCUUGGCGACGGCGCUGCUGGGAAUGGUUGUUUUUCAAGAGGCGGUUGGUGGGCUUUGGUGGUUGGGGGCUGGGAUGAUGGGUGCUGGGUGUAUUUUGGUUGGGAUGCGGGAAGGGGCUUAG